AUGCAUAUUUUGCUUAUCUUCGAUAAUGUAAUUAGUAUGACCUCCACACGACAUGAAGGCACAGGCAGUGCUAUCUGUCAUCCUCACCCUUGCACCACCUCUAAGUGGAUUUCACGAAGAUUAAGCCUUCCGGAUGAAGGAAUUUACAUAUGCUAUGUGGGAACAGCAUCUAGAAACAUCAUAAACAAAGCAGUACUAAAGGUGGGAGCUUUCAUCACACCUGUGAUAAAGUAUGAAAAGAGGAACAGAGAUAGCUUCUUAAUAUGCAGUGUGUGAAGUGUUUAUCUUCAUCCACUUAUCACAUGGAAAAUGGACAAUACACCCACCUCUGAAAGCAAUAUGGAAGACACUGAGUCUUUGGGUUUUUAUAUAAAUAGUAUGAUAAAUAUUACAGGAUCAAAUUUAUCUUAUGAAUGUGCUACUGAAAACUCAUUGCCGAAACAAACAUGGACUGGAUUGACAAUGAAAGAUUUCAUAGUCACUUGGUCCAAAGUGGAAAAGGAGAUCUCCUCCAUCCUGGCUCACUUUCUGAGCUCCUCACAAGAUAACAACUAUCAUGAACCCUGACUUUCAUGGAACAAAGACCUAAAAAAACAAAGUGACUUCUCUUUGACUUUGAAGGAUCUUAGUCUUUCAGACAGUGAGGAAUACUUAGGCAAUAUUUCUUCAAGCAAAUAUAGCUUACUCACCAUCCAAAUGCUGCAUGUUGUAGAAAGGUAUUCUGUCUCUACUGAUGAGAGAGCCAACACUGCUAAUGACACAGAAGAAAACAAGGAGUCCAUUAAGCAUAAUAUAAAUGAGAGCAAAGAGUGA